AUGGCAUCAACUUUGGCCAGAAGAGGAAUUCCAUAUUUGGAACCGGAAACAUUAUGUGCGUGGAUGCAAUCUCGGGAAGAUUUUCAAAUUAUGGAUGUUAGAGAUUAUGAUUUUGACGAGGGCGGACAUAUUAAGGGGGCUGUUAAUUAUGAGUACAGGAGUUUCCAGAACAAUCUACGGGAAAUAGUCGCAUCAGAGGUACCAAAGAAAAGGGUUUUCGUAUUCCAUUGUAUGCGGUCGCAACAACGAGGUCCCCGAUGUGCAUUGCGAUUCAAAACAUAUAUUGACGAAAGUUUGAAUAACUUGGAUAUUGAAGUGUAUGUUUUACGUGGUGGGUUUAUUAAGUGGUAUAAGAAAUAUGGUGAAACCCAAUAUACUGAAAAGGCAACUACAGCAAAUAUACUUUGA